CGGCUCUCGUGUUCCGCCUGGCCCGAUGGCGCCUCAACGGAGGGGACCGCCCCGAGUUCCCGAAGGAAGCAGCGUCGCCGAGCGCCGGCGCGCGAACAGCACCAAGAAGGACUGGCUGCCGCGGGAGGCACAGAGGACUUGCCUAAAGGCUGUGGUCCUUGGGGUCAGCCUUGCUCUGGUCACAGUCUUGCUCUGGAGCAGCCUUGGGGCUGAUGACGAUGUUGCUGAAGUUGUGGCCCGUCGUGCUGAGGUGCUAGAAGGCAGAUUCAUUGAAGUCCCCUGCUCUGAGGACUAUGAUGGCCACCGGAGGUUCGAAGGCUGCACCCCCAGGAAGUGUGGCAGAGGAGUCACUGACGUGGUGAUCACCAGGGAGGAGGCAGAGCAGAUUCGCAGAAUAGCGGAGAAGGGGCUCUCUCUAGGAGGAUCAGAUGGAGGGGCAUCUAUCCUGGACCUGCAUUCUGGAGCUCUGUCUGUUGGGAAACACUUUGUGAACCUGUACAGAUACUUUGGAGAUAAAAUACAAAAUAUCUUCUCUGAGGAGGACUUCCGGCUAUAUAGGGACAUCCGGCGGAAGGUCCAGCUCACCAUUGCUAAAGCUUUUGGCAUCAGUGCCUCCUUGUUGUAUCUGACAAAGCCCACAUUCUUCUCCCGAAUAAACAGCACAGCGGCCCAGACGGCUCACGAUGAGUACUGGCACGCACAUGUGGACAAGGUAACCUAUGGCUCUUUUGACUACACGUCGCUGCUUUACCUAUCGGAUUACUUAGAGGACUUCGGUGGAGGGCGCUUUGUGUUCAUGGAGGAAGGCUCCAACAAGACAGUGGAGCCCAGAGCUGGUCGAGUCUCAUUCUUUACCUCAGGCUCUGAGAACCUGCACCGAGUGGAGAAGGUGCUCUGGGGCACCCGCUAUGCCAUCACCAUCGCUUUCACCUGCAACCCUGACCAUGGCAUCGCGGAUCCCGUUCUCAAGUAACCAGCUAGGUUGGGUCCUCAGCACCGUGUCUGGA